AUGUGUAGUACUUUGUGCCGUUUCGGAUGCCCUCUCGCCGCCUUCCCAUCUCAUCUAGCUCGUCCUCCCGUUCCAAUCGCCCACGCUCCGUCCGUCCUGGCGUCGUCCCGUCGACCGUCGUGUCGCGAUCCUAUCGCCCGUCCCGUCGCCCUCCUGUCGUCAUCUCCGUUACCCCUUUCCUCCAAUCACCCUCGCGUUUUUCCCGGCGCGCUCUCUCUCUCGCCGCUCCCUUUCCUGAACCAAUCGCCUUCUCCUCUGCCUUCUCGUCGCUCUCUCUCUCGCCGCUUCCAUCCCGUUGCAAUCGCCUUCUCCCAUCCCUACCCGUCGCUCUAUCUCUCUCCCCAUCCCUUCCCGUCUCUCUUGCUCUCUCCCCUCCCUUCCCGUCGCUCUCUCUCUCGCCGCUCCCUUCCCGUCGCGCUCUCUCUCGCCUCUCCCUUCCAGUCGCUCUCGGUCUCUCCCAUCCCUUCCCGUCGCUCUCGCUCUCUCCCCUCCCUUCCCGUCUCUCUUGCUCUCUCCCCUCCCUUCCCGUCGCUCUCUCUCUCGCCGCUCCCUUCCCGUCGCGCUCUCUCUCUCGUUGCUCCGCGCGUCGCUCUCUCUCACGCCGCUCCCUUCCCAUCGCCCAUCGCCCACCGUCGCUUCCUCUCCCAUCCCCCAUCACCCACCCCAUCGCCUUCUCGCUCGCCACGAAACGCCUUCCCGUCCCGCACCCACUUUCUCCUCCCAUCGCCUGCCUCGUCACCUUCACGCUCGCACUCAAACGCGCUCCCCGCGCCCUUCCUCUCUCCCUUCCCAUCACCCACCUCGUCGCCCUCCUUCUCGCCCCGAAAUGCCUUUCCGUCACCUUUCGUCUCUUCUCCCCAAGCAUUAAUCUCUGAAACGCUCUCCAGUCGCCCAUCGUAUCCACCCGGUUCAUCAACGACCUCGUCGCCCUCGCUCUUGCUCUGUAAUGCCCUCUCCGCGCCCUUCCUCCCUCCCCUCACAAUCUGUCUUCCCUCCCCGCAUCCCGUCGUUCUUCCUCUCUCCCCUCCCAUCUCGUCGUUCCACCUCCCUUCCCUCCCAUCCCGUCGUUCCACCUCUCUCCCCUCCCAUCCCGUUGUUCCUCCUCUGUUCCCUCCCAUCCCGUCAUUUUCCCUCUCUCCCCUCCUCUCCCGUCGCCCCCCUUGUCCCCAGUCCCUUCUCUUCGUCUUCGCUGUCGACCAAUCAACCCUAGCUUCCUUGGUUAGGUUGCGCGUACGCCAGAUUAACUACCUUAUGAUUGAGCCAAGCGAUUGA